UCCAAUUGACCAUCAAAUUCAAAGCAAUUCAACUUUUUAAUCAUUGAAAUAUCAAAAAAAUGGGAGCUUUUCAGCUGAGCUCUUUAGCUCUAUAUUCUUCCUCAGUCUCUUUAAACUUCAACUACAUUACCAAUACACAAAAAACUCCUAAAAAAACUUACUAUAAGCCCCUCAGCUUUUCCAGAACUAGAGGAGGAAAAAUCAGAGCCAUUACCACCAUCCCAGACAGUGAAUCCGAAGAUAUAGAAGCAGACGGACCGCCUUCUGUUGAUUUUGCUUUUUUUAGUUCUUCUUUAUUACCAGAUGGAACUCCUGAUGUGCUACUUCGAAGAGCUUGUGGUGGGCAGAAACUAAGGGAUAUAAUGUUGGAGGCAAAUAUUGAUUUGUAUGGACCCUAUUCUAGGCCUCUGCUAAAUUGUGCAGGGGGAGGAACUUGUGGGACGUGCAUGGUGGAGGUUAUUGAAGGAAAAGAGCUAUUAAGCCCUCGUACUGACAAAGAGAAGGAAAAACUGAAAAGGAAACCGAAAAACUGGAGACUUGCUUGCCAAACUAAAGUUGGUGAACCAGAUUCCAGAGGACUGGUUGUUGUCCAACAACUUCCUGAAUGGAAAUCUCAUGAAUGGAGCUAUGAAGAGAUAGACCCCUCAGAGCCUCUUUAAGACAUUUUUGUUUCUCUACUAUUGUAAAUUACCAAAAAAAAAAAAGGAAGUAA